AAGGAAAAAAAACUUUAAGUUCCGCUGCUUCCUUCCUUUCUUCCGAGGGGUCAGUCGUUUGAGUUACCGAUGGUCCUCUUAAAGCUCACUCUCAUCAUCAUCACUUUUUACCUCCUCAUCGAUUCGCUACUUUUUCUUUCUUCUUUUUUAUGAUCCUUUUAGGGUUUCUGAGACCGGCUCUUCUUUUCUUCGGAUUUUCAUUCAGGACGGUAUCAUCUUGGUAGCCAUUAGGCGACGGCACUUCAAGAUUCCGACACCUGCGACAAAAUGUCCGGCUAUGGCGCUUGGGCCGAAUCUGGAGCAUCCAAUGACUGCUUUCUCUCACGGAAAUUUGCCUACAUUCCCCCACAUUUACGGCACGAGCGUUCGCUGGCUUCUGCUGCGGAAUCGGGUGAAGCUUAUUUUGGAGCAAGGGAUAUGGGCCAUCGUGCUCCACGGCACGGACGUGGGAACCGUCGGGCUUCUCUAGUGCCAAAUCCAUUUGGAAUCGCCUGCAACGAGAUGGGAAAUCUCCGGAUCUCUGAUGCUGGCGAUGGAGCUGGAAACGUCAUCGACUUUAGCGCUUAUGAGGACAUUCCCGUUGAGACGAGUGGGUCUGAUGUGCCGCCUCCCGCGAGCACAUUCGCCGAGAUUGACCUCGGUGAGGCUCUUAACCGAAAUAUACAGCGGUGCCGGUACGUGAAUCCCACGCCGGUGCAGCGUUAUGCCAUUCCCAUUUCUCUUGCUGGAAGAGAUCUUAUGGCCUGCGCUCAGACGGGCUCAGGAAAGACCGCUGCAUUCUGCUUUCCAAUCAUCAGCGAGGUAAUGAGAAGUUCGCCUCCCCUUAAGAAUGGGCGCUACCAGGGAGGUCGGCUGGCAUGCCCUCAGGCGCUUAUUCUUUCUCCUACCAGAGAACUGUCUUGCCAGAUUCAUGACGAGGCAAAGAAGUUUUCUUAUCAAACGGGCGUUAGAGUUGGUGUGGUAUACGGGGGAGCUCCGGCUUUCCUCCAGCUUCGCAAUUUGGAGAAAGGCGUAGAUAUCUUGGUUGCCACACCAGGGCGCUUGACGGACUUAAUUGAAAGGGCUAGGAUCUCACUUCAAAAGGUCAAUUAUCUGGUACUAGAUGAGGCUGAUCGGAUGUUAGAUAUGGGAUUCGAACCUCAGAUAAGAAAGAUAGUUGAGCAAAUGGACAUGCCACCUCCUGGCAUUAGGCAAACUAUGCUUUUUAGUGCAACGUUUCCCCACGGAAUACAGCGUUUGGCAUCAGACUUCCUUAAAAAUUACAUUUUCUUGACCGUUGGGAGGGUUGGAUCCAGCACAGAGCUCAUUAAACAGAGAGUUGAAUUUGUGUUGGAUAUGAAUAAGAGAAACUGCUUAAAGGCUCUUCUUCAAUCAGACAAAGUGAACGGUUCUCAUGCAAAGCUACCAUUGACAUUAAUUUUUGUUGAAACCAAAAGAGCCGCAGAUUCUUUACAAAACUGGUUAUGCAUGAAAGGAUUCCCCGCUAGUGCAAUUCAUGGUGACCGAAAUCAACUAGAGCGCGAGCAAGCAUUAAAAUCAUUUAAAAGUGGUGCAACUCCAAUAAUGGUUGCGACUGAUGUUGCUUCACGUGGUCUCGACAUUCCGCAUGUUGCACAUGUCAUCAACUUUGAUUUACCAAGAGAUAUUGAUGGUUACGUUCAUCGCAUAGGCCGAACAGGCCGUGCUGGAAAGAGUGGCUUAGCAACCGCUUUCUUUAAUGAUGCUAACCAGCCAUUGGCUAAGGCUUUGGUAGAGUUGAUGCAAGAAUCAUGCCAAGAGGUUCCUGAUUGGCUUUGUCAAUAUGCUGGUAGACCCUCCUCCUAUGUGGGAGAAAGGAGCCGCCACCAUGGUGGAAACAGAUUUGGGGGGCAGGAUUUUAGGAAAGAAGAUUUGCAGUUGAGGACUGGAAAUUAUAAAUCUGAGUCUUAUGGUGAGAGUAGUUGUGCUCCUUCUCAUGGAGAUGCUGGUUUUCUCAACAAUGGAGACAUAAAGAGUGGCUGCUCAUAUGAAGUUGGUGAUGAUAGUUGCAGUGCUGGUGCUGAUGCUGAUUAUUCCAUUGGAGCAGGCGAUGACAAUGGUGAUGAUACAGGUAGCUAUAAUGUUAGAUAUGAUCAAAUUGUUGCUACUGGAUGGGAUUAGAUUGAGUAGUUUUUGUUUGAACGAUCAAUAUUUUGUCGGAAGGGAGGUAGCCAUGUAUUAUCAUCAAAUUGUCCUUUUUUUGCUGUAAUGCCACCUUUUUUUUUUUAUCAAAAUUUUUGGGUAAGUAUUGAGGGUUUUGAAAUGUAGAUGAACAUUAUUGGCCUUUUGGUAUAGCUUUCUUCGGAGUUUCAGUUGCAGAAUUUACAUCUAGAUGAGAAUUUGGUGAAA